AUGAAUUUUCUGAAACUUGCUACCUCGAAAGAGGCUAUGGAUUUGUUCAAUGCGGCUCGGAAUACGGUUGCACAAAUGACAGCUAGAGCAACACCGCAAAGAGAUAAGGUAAAUCAAUUUGUGUUACUUUAGCUAUGGAAAAAAGCGAAUAUUGGCUUUAUCACUUUGAAUUUAUUGAAAUUCACGGCUUGUAUAUUCAAACAAAAAUUAGAAACCUUCAAUUUCAAAAAACUAACAGAACAGAAGAUCUUAUAAUUAGAAAAUAGUUUCUCGAAAUUAUGCAAAAAGUAUUUUUGAAAAUGACAAAAGUUGAAAAGCUCCUCUCACAAAAGUACAAUCCCAUUUCAAAAUAUAACUUUUUCAGUUCCCAAAAGCUUUUGACAAAAAAUAUAUGAAACGUGUGGUUACUGAACAUUCCAAUUUAUGGUUCACUUGUGAAAUGAAAGAUGGUGGAUUUGCUUUCGUUUAUAAACCUGGAGACUGGUUGGCCUUUUACAGUCCACAACUAUCAGAUUUGGAUGUUAUGAAAAUAUUCUACACUGAUUUUGUUGAAAUAUCAGAAAGAAAAGGUAUCAAAGACCACGAUAAAAAUGAUUUGAAAAAAACAUAAAUAUACUACAGACGCUGUGAAUAUCAUUAAUAAAAUUGUGGAGAUGAUUGUAGCAAACCCGGAAAGUGAUCCAUUAUACUAUGCAGUUGCAACAGGGCUCAAUAAAUAUGUUGGGCAACGUGUAAAACAAUCAAAUGGUAAAAUAUUGAAUGAUUUUUUGACUAAAAAUGAUGAGACUCCUGCACACAUUGCCGCGAUUCAUAAUCAGGAUAUUAUUAGAAUUCUAGUUGGAAAUGGUUUUGAUUUGACAAAACAAACCAAGGAUGGGAAUAAUAUUGCACAUUGUGCUGCACAAAAUUUACUGGCUAUCAAGGUGAGUUUUACAAAUGUGGAAUUCGCGAUUUUUAGACCACCCAAUCGGGAUUUUAUUAAAAAGGUAGAUAAAAACACGAGCUAUUUGAAAAAAGGCCUAGUGAACCAACAUUUUUUCUAGCCUGCACUUAAAAUUCCAGUUGGGUUAAUUGAAUUUUCAGUCGAACAAAUUUCAUGAGAACUAUUUAGAAAAUGAAAAAUGUAUGGAAUCAAAACUCACAAAAUUUAACGGAAAAAAAAUAUUUUGAUUCAGGCGAUCCGAGAAUCAAUUCAAGACGAAGAAUUUCUGAAAUUGAUAACAACAGAAAACAAGAAAAAAGAAACAGCAAUUCAUCUUAUGAUACAAUAUGAUAAUGUAUUCGAAUAUGUGCUUCGUAAGUUAUAUGUUAAUUUAAAACUAGUUUUUGUUCUGUUUUAUGUUAUUUUAUUGCAUACAAGCACCUUCUAGCUAUUUACAUAACGAUUAAUAAAAAUGAGCAAAGUAAAAAGACAAUUUUUGCAGAAUAUUGCCCUCAAGCAUUUGCGAAAAAAUACGAUUUACCAUUGAUCGGAAUUUUGGAAAGUUAUCAAUUGGAAGAUAUCAAACAAGUGAAAGAGUUGGGUUUUGUUUGCUCACAUUUUUUAUAAAAUGUUGCGUUCUUUUUUUGCAGAAUUUGUCAAAAGUUGAAAGUGUUUGAUCCGCAAUUCGCUGAUCGUCCGAUUAAAUCCGAUGGGUCAACAAUUUUACAUGUUGCAUUAAAAGCAAAGGUUUAGGUUUUCAUAGAGGAUUAUUAUUAGGAAAUAUGGAUUUUUAUAGGUAUUGAAAACGAUUCUAAACGAAAUUCCGGAAGCUUCGAUUGAUAUCAAAGAUUUUAAUGGAAAGAGCCCUCUUCAUGCUGCAGGUUUGUUUUGAGAAUUGUCAAAUCCUAUUGCAAAAAUAUUCAACUCACUUUGAAAUUUUGAAGCUCACAGAUAAUUUUCAGUUCUCCGUGCUGAUCUGGAAGAUAUUAUUGCUCUCAUUUCAUAUGGAGCAAACUUGAAUUCUCGAGAUUCUUCUGGACAAACACCUUUGGAAUAUGCUGUUAAGAAGGAUGAUGAAAAAUCAGUAAAAGCUUUGCUUCUUUUCAAUGCUGAAACUGAUGGAAUGGAUAAAGUUGCUAGAUCACAGUAUGUAAUAGACUUCCGUAAGACAAAACAACUAUUUUUGUUUCAGAAAAAUCAGAAGACUUUUGGAAUCUGGAUCUAUCAAAUACUAUGAAAAUGAAACAAGAGCUUUUAAAUGGCAAGAAGGUAAUUGCCGCGAAAAUAUUUACAAAUCCAAAAAAUUCUUUCAGAUAGCCUUGAUCAUAUUGCGCUGAAAAAAACUGUUGAAAAAUUGGCAUCAGCUGAUAGCUUGACUCAAUUUUAUAAUGCGAUUUCUUUCGAUGGUGGCGGUAUUCGCGGAUUGGUUUCUCUUCAAAUUUUGAGAGAAUUGAGUAAUCGUUUUGGUGAUAGUUUUUUACAAUCAUUCCGAACAUUGGGUGGAACUUCUACUGGGUCAAUUGUGAUUUUGGCUAUUGCAAAAUAUCAGAAUAUUGACAAAGUUAUGAAAUUGUAUUUGAGAUUGAAGGAUGAUAUCUUCAGUGGAACUAGGCCUUAUAAUGGACAAGUUUUGGAAGAAAAAUUGCUGGCAGAAUUGGGAAAUUUAACGCUUUCCGAUAUUGGAAAACACAAAGAAAUGAGGUUUGUGACUUAUUCUUGUAUAUAGAAGAAUUAUAAAAUUCCCUGAUGAUUUUAGGCUUGCAAUAACUGUAACUCGAGUUGACGUAAGUCCCCCAAAACUCGAGGUAUUCCGAAGUUUCUCAAUUCCUCCGAACAUUAGAGAUGAUCGAUUCACAAAACUCGAAAAUUGGACAGCAGCCAAAGUGGCGCGUUGCUCAAGUGCUGCUCCAACAUAUUUCCCGUCAGUUGAUGGAAAAUAUAUGGAUGGAGGAAUUAUUGCCAAUAAUCCGACGUGUGAAAUUUUGUGCGAUCAACAAGCAAUCACUUUGUUAUUGGUUAGUUGUUUAUUCAAAACUACAUAGAUAUCUGAUAAAAUCAAUGAUUUUCAGCCGGAAGCAAAGUCAAGAAUGAAAAUAAUAUUAUCAGUGGGAACUGGAAAAACGCCAACCAAGAAAGCUGAAAAUGUUGAUUUGUCGCUGGGACAAAAUUCGAUUGCUGGAAUUGUUUCGUCGCUAAAUUCCAUUGUUCAUAUGAAAAAUGUGUUUGUUGAUCAGGUGAGAUAUUAGACAACAUAUUAAAAUUAGCUUUGAAAUCAAAGCGAAAAAGUCACCAGAUAAUUGUUAAUCUUUCUACUGAGCCUAAUUUUUUUUGUUUCAGCUAACAUCAGCUGAUGGUGUAAAUGUGGAUCGUGCUCGAAUGAUGUCAUCCUCAAUGGAUAUCGCAUUUUUCCGCUUCUCUCCCCAACUUUCUCAAGAAUAUGAACUCGAUGAAGUUCGAGCCGAAAAUUUGAUCGAAAUGAUGUGGGAAACCAAACUGUAUAUGCAUACCCGUCAUAAUGACAUAAAUAUUCUUUUGAGUCUAAUGAACUAA